GUUUGUCAAUGAUCAUUUAGCCCAGUGAGUGAGCAGGUGAAGACAGAAGCACCAGAGGCAGCAUCCUCAUCCCCUUCAUCUAAUGCUCAUUGCCUAGACGCGGACUGUAGCAGCUCUGCUCCCUGAUCACAAUGGGAUUGUUCUGCUGGACUGGAUGCUUUGCUAUCUGCCUUCAGUUGCUGCUGGGAACAGCUUUGAGCAAUCUGCCCACAUGCAAUGAGGGUGAUUAUAACUAUGAAUACACAGAAUGUGAUAGCACUGGAUCAAGAUGGCGAGUUGCUGUACCAAACCAAGGGAAGUCAUGUGCUGGGCUGCCAGAUCCAGUUAAAGGGAAAGACUGCAUGAUUGAUGUACCAUCAACAGUUCCGGAACAUGGUCCUCUGGCACCCAACGCAAGGAUGCCAAACUCAUCAUGGAUUCCUAAAGGAAACUACAUAGAAUCUAAUCGGGAUGACUGUACUGUUUCUCUCAUCUACGCUGUUCAUCUGAAGAAAGCUGGAUCUGUGUCAUUUGAUUAUCAGUAUCUUGACAACAAUAUCUUUUUUGAAUUCUUUAUCCAGAACGACCAGUGCCAGGAAACAAGUUCUUCAUCUGACAAGUGGGUGAAGCUGUCUGAUAAUGGUGAAUGGAUGCAUCAUUCGGUGCCUCUAAAAUCUGGACCUAACAUUCUGUAUUGGAGAACUACAGGCAUUCUCCUGGGGUCAAAAGUGGUGAAGCCUGUGUUGAUAAAGAACAUUACAAUAGAAGGUGUUGCCUACACAUCAGAAUGCUUCCCUUGUAAACCUGGCACAUACAGUGAUAAAUCUGGAUCCUCCUCCUGCACGUUGUGUCCCAGGAACACGUUUUCUGACAGAGAAGCUAACGAAUGCAUUAAGUGCAAUCCAGAGACACAAUAUUCAGAUGAAGGGUCCAGCAAGUGCAUAGAUCGUCCUCCUUGUACAAGCAAAGAUUUAUUUCAGAUUCAUACACCCUGUGACAGUGAGGGAAAGACCCAAAUCAUGUACAAAUGGAUAGAACCAAAAAUAUGCAGAGAAGAACUGCCUAAUGCAAUCCAGCUUCCGGCCUCAGGAAAAAAGGAGGACUGUCCACCAUGUAAUACAGGAUUUUACUCUAAUGGGACAUCACCUUGUGCCCCUUGUCCAUUUGGGACCUAUUCAGAUGGAAUACAAGAGUGUAAGAAGUGUGCUGCUGGCACAGAGCCAGUCCUGGGCUUUGAGUACAAGUGGUGGAACAUCCUUCCGGCCAAUAUGAAGACAUCUUGCUUUAAUGUUGGAAAUUCCAAGUGUGAUGGAAUGAAUGGAUGGGAAGUUGCUGGUGAUCAUGUUCACAGUGGAGCAGGGGGAUCCGACAAUGACUACCUUCUGUUGAAUCUGCAUAUCCCUGGAUUUAAGCCUCCAACAUCAAUGACUGGGACAAAUGGCGCAGAACUGGGCAGGAUUACCUUUGUGUUUGAGACUAUUUGUUCAGCAGACUGUGUGCUGUACUUCAUGGUGGAUGUAAACAGAAAGUCCACAAGUGUGGUAGAAUCGUGGGGAGGAAAUCGAGAAAAGCAGUCUUACACUCACAUCAUAAACAAGAACGCUACGUACAUGUUUACGUGGGCAUUUCAGAGAACCAACCAAGCUCAAUUUAGCCGACAUUAUAUAAACGAUGUUGUAAAGAUCUAUUCAAUAACUGCAACCAAUGUUAUGGAUGGAGUAGCAUCAACCUGCCGUGCCUGUGCCAUGCUUUCUCAACAGCUAGGAUCUUCCUGUGUCCCUUGUCCUGCAGGGCAUUAUAUUGAUAAAGAGAGCAGUACAUGUAAAGAAUGCCCAGUCAACACAUAUCUGUCUCCACAUCAAGUGUAUGGAAAGGAGGCCUGCAUUCCCUGCGGUCCUGCAAGUAGAAGUAACAAGGAUCAUUCAGCCUGCUUUAGUGACUGCUCCUGGUCAAUAAUGCAUGAAAACCAAAGUUUAAUAUACAAUUUCAACAGACUUAGCAGUGUAACAACCCUCACGAAUGGACCCAGUUUCACUUCCAAAGGGACAAAGUACUUCCACGUAUUCAACAUCAGUCUGUGUGGAAAUGAAGGGGAAAAGAUGGCUAUAUGCACUGAUAACAUUACUGAUGUCACAGCCAAAGACAUGGAAGCAGAGCCUGACGACAUAUCCAACUUUGUGAAAACAUUUGUCUGCCAAUCCACUAUCAUCCCAUCUGACAGCAAGGGAUUCCGAACAGCUUUGUCAUCACAAUCAGUUAGCUUGGCUGAUAGUUUUCUAGGUGCUACAGCAGGCACAAGCCUGGGAGAAGCCAGCAUUAAGCCAGACACAUUUCCUGCCGUGAAGAAGAUACCAGAUAUAAAUUUCUUUUUCAAAUCUUCUGAAGUUACAUCAUCAUGUGAAAAAGGGAGAGCUACAGUGAUUUCUUUGAGAUGCAACCCUACAAAACUUGGUCAAGGAGAUAUUUCAGUGCCCAGAUUAUGUCCUGCUGGUACAUGUGAUGGUUGCAGUUUUCAUUUCCUCUGGGAAACAGCAGAUGCAUGUCCUCUCUGUAUGGAAAAUGACUAUCAAAAGAUAGAAGGAGCUUGUCGAAAAGGACAGCAGGAAACUCAUUAUGUGUGGAAUGAGCCGAAACUGUGCAUGAAAGGUGUACCUCUACCAGAAAAAAGGACAGCGGCCUGUGAAUCAAUAGACUUCUGGCUGAAAGUGGGAGCUGGUGUUGGUGCCUUCGCAGCAGUUCUUCUAGUAGCACUGACCUGUUACUUCUGGAAAAAAACCCAAAAGCUUGAAUACAAAUACUCCAAACUAAUCAUUACUGCUAAUUCCAAAGAGUGCGAGCUUCCUGCCCCUGACAGCUGUGCCAUAAUGGAGGGAGAAGACAAUGACGAUGACGUGGUCUAUUCCAAUAAGAAAUCAAUACUGGAAAAGCUGAAAUCACUUGCAACAAAGGAGAAAGAACACUGUUUUGAAUCAGUACAGCUGAAAUCCUCAAGAACACAAAAUAUAUAAAGACCAGAUAUUGCCUUUUAGACUCUGGAGGAAAAAAAAUGAUUUUUUUAAGAAAUGAAAAACAUAUUAUUAGAAGAAAUCAAUGUGAGAUACCCAUGAAAUCAAUGAAGCAAGAAUUAAAGAAGACAUCACAACAAAAUAAAAAGCUUGGCUGCCUUAUUAUAUGACAGAAUAUUUUGCCAAAAAUGGAUUGUUUGUAAGUUGGGAAUUCGGUUUCUACUCAGGAAGAGCAAAGUGACGCAGACAAUGUUCAUUUUCUUGUGCAAAGCUUGUGCAUGUUGUAUUAUCUCUUUUAUCACCUCCCAAUGCAACACAGAAACAACAGAUGUGCAGUUUACAAGUGCUUUGAAAUAUAUAUACCCGGGUGAGAAAAAGGGGAGACAAACUUUUGUGUACUGAAAAUUAUGUACAA